UAUUGUCAGUGCCUUCUGAAAAGAAGAGCCUACUAAAUUCCUGCAGAGUCACUUGGAGGGCAGCGCUGGGGAAACUGAGGUCCGGUAGACCCUGCUCACCUGGCCUCCCUGACCCAUCCAGCAUGCCCUGUGCAGCCCAGAGGCCAAGUACUUCUGAGAUUUUACUCAACAAGUGGGAUCUUGUGUGUGAUAAUGCCUGGAAGGUCCAUAUCGCUAAGUUCUCCUUACUGGUUGGAUUAAUCUUUGGCUACCUAAUAACUGGAUGCAUUGCUGACUGGGUCGGCCGGAGGCCUGUGCUGCUGUGUUCCAUCAUCUUCAUCCUGAUCUUUGGCCUGACCGUGGCACUGUCCGUGAACGUGACGAUGUUCAGCACACUCAGGUUCUUUGAAGGGUUCUGCCUGGCUGGAAUAAUUCUCACCUUGUAUGCAUUACGAAUAGAGCUGUGCCCCCCUGGAAAACGGUUCAUGAUCACAAUGGUGGCGAGCUUCGUGGCCAUGGCGGGGCAGUUCCUCAUGCCCGGGCUGGCCGCCCUGUGCCGGGACUGGCAGGUCCUGCAGGCCCUCAUCAUCUGCCCCUUCCUGCUCAUGCUGCUCUAUUGGUCGGUAUUCCCGGAGUCCCUCCGGUGGCUGAUGGCUACCCAGCAGUUUGAGUCUGCAAAGAAGUUGAUCCUGCACUUCAUACAGAAGAACUGCAUGAACCCCGAGAGUGACAUCAAAGGCGUGAUGCCCGAGCUGGAGAAAGAGUUGUCCCGGAGGCCCAAGAAGGUCUGUAUCGUGAAGAUGGUGGGAACCCGAAAUCUAUGGAAGAACAUCGUGGUCCUGUGUGUGAACUCGCUGACAGGGUACGGGAUCCACCACUGCUUCGCAAGGAGCAUGAUGGGCCACGAGGUUAAGGUGCCGCUCCUAGAGAACUUCUACGCUGACUACUACACCAUGGCCAGCAUUGCCCUGGCAUCCUGCCUGGCCAUGUGUGUGGUGGUCAGGUUCCUGGGGCGCAGAGGAGGGCUGCUGCUCUUCAUGAUCCUCACCGCCCUGGCCUCCCUCCUGCAGCUUGGGCUCCUCAACCUGAUCGGAAAGUACAGCCAGCACCCAGAUUCAGGUAUGAGUGACAGUGUCAAGGACAAAUUCUCCAUUACAUUUUCCAUCGUGGGCAUGUUUGCCUCCCACGCAGUGGGAAGCCUCAGUGUGUUCUUCUGUGCAGAGAUCACCCCCACGGUCAUAAGGUGCGGCGGGCUGGGGCUGGUGCUGGCCAGCGCGGGCUUCGGCAUGCUGACGGCGCCCAUCAUCGAGCUGCACAACCAGAAAGGCUACUUCCUGCACCACAUCAUCUUCGCCUGCUGCACGCUCAUCUGCAUCAUCUGCAUCCUCCUGCUGCCCGAGAGCCGGAACCAGAGCCUGCCGGAGAGCCUGUCCAACGGGGAGCACUACACGCGGCAGCCUCUCCUACCGCACAAGAAGGGCGAGCAGCCGCUGCUGCUCACCAAUGCCGAGCUCAAGGACUACUCGGGCCUCCACGACGCAGCGGCCACUGCGGGGGACGCGCUGCCCGACGGCGCCACCGCCAACGGCCUGAGAAAUAGAACCACCUCCUUCGAAAGAGGGACCCAGUCGCCCCAGAGCAGUGGCCAGUCUCCCCGCGGGCUGCCCUGUGCCCACCGCCCUCCAGCGGCCAGACGCCCCCGCCGCAGGAGCCCCGGAGCUGCCUGCCCCGUGCGGACCCCACCGCGGCAGUUCCCCGACUGCGGGUUAGACGCUGAAAUGUAAAUGAUUAGGUGUUUACCAGAGAGUCUGUGAUGGUUUGUAAAGUUUUGUUCUGUUUGUGAGGUCAGAGCUUCUGUUCCAUGUUUUGGGGGAAAGUAGCUCGCGAAUAUCAUUAAAACCAGCUUAGUUUUUUCUUCGAGAUCAUCCUUUUGUACUUGAUGCUGGAAACUCUUUGGGGGAAAAGCUUAAACAUUUCAUCACAAAUCUUAAAUAAUUAGUGGUAAUGUCGCCAGUUUUCUGACACUAGUUUGCCUAGUUCAUUUCACGACUAGCAAAUGUGUUGAGGUCUGGGACAUGCUGGCAUUAAUACUCCUUCUCAGACUCAGCUCCAGCAGAAAAGUUCCCUCUUCCACUGUCAGCUUUUCCCCAGCACUACUUGAAAUCAUGGCUACUUUCUGAACUGAAACCAAAAGGACAAGAACCGAAAUAGAGGAUGAAGGCAAACUCAUAGGACCAGGGGCGCUCUCCCAAACAUGGCCCGUCGCGCACAUCUGGAGCACACACCACAUAGCAAUCACCAGCUUGGAUGACUCAGCUCCCACUGACUCCACACAGACUGCAAAGCCCAUGGGAGCCGGUCCCCCUCAUGCCUGCCUUUGCCUGCUGCCUGCUUUCUGCCACUUCCGUCAGCACAGAGGUGGAGCUUAGGGCAAGGAAUGGGAUGCACACAGGUUAGUCCAAAUGACCUCCUGCCUCUUAAAGUAUCAAAACCAAUUGAGAGAAAGCAAUAACUCACCAAAGUUCAGUUCCCACCCCAAAGUUCAACUCCCAUCCCCAAUAUCCAAGGGUUGUCAUAGUGUUCAUUUGUCCCAGACAAUGAAGGCUGCUUCUUCCAUCUCAGGUCAGGCUUUCUCCGCUUGUCUAAGGGGUGUUUCAGAGGAAGCUUGGAGGGUUUCCUCAAGGAUACCCAGGGGGCCACUAAGAAAUAAGCUUCAUUGGCGCAGGCAGAUGCCCCUUCUAGCAACAUAGGCACCAGAUUUUUCACCUGUGUCCUUUCUAGAAUUUUCCACACCACCACCUACUUUGUGACAUGAGUCUUUGCCAAGGGCUGUGUUUUCCCAAGGAAAUCAGUCUCGGGUCUGUGAAUUAGGUGACCUCCAACUGACAGCUGCUAGAACUCAAAGGGCCAGAAAAGGGGUUGACCUAACUUCCCUUUCUCCCCUUCUAACUUUAACCUGGACUGUUUCUUACUGUCUCUACCCACCAUUCUCUUCCAAAGCUGGUAGACAUCAACAGGAACCUGCUGACUUGAUAAAAACACGGUGAGGAGGUAAACAAGCAUGUGCAAUGCCAGUGAGUAAACCGUACUUUUUCUGUCAAAGCAACAGGGCCUGGGGUCUCCAGCCUCAUCCAAGGGCCACUGCCUAGGAAGGAAGGAGCCCAGCUCAUCCUCGCCUUCCCUCACCUCUUUUAAGUCACUUUUGUUCCAUGUUUCAAUGUUAGUCCACAUCCACCUCACCUUAAAAAGGCCUUUCUUUACAAAUGUGCAGCCUUUGCGUGCCAAACUUGUUGAAAUACCUUUUGCCUUUUUUAGAGUACUUGCUACAAAGCCACCUGGCAGCAAGACCCAUUAAGUCCAGGACAUGACAUAUGCAGUAGCCAAGCCACUGGGCAGUUGCGGAAGGUGGGAAAGAAACCAGUGAGGUCCUGGAGCCGCACCUGGCCAGGUGAAUGUCUGCAUCCAUCACCCCAGCACUAGGACACCUUUCAGUCCCUUUCCUACAGAAGGCCUUGUGAGUACUCACUCACUGAUCACAGAGACCUUCUUUAAAACGUAUUAAAGCUGUAGAGUGUUGCCGAUAAUCUCUAGGAAGGCGGAGGGAAGGCAGAGCACUUACAAAUUCCUGUUCCAAGGUCUCUGAUCUCCACCUUAAAUGACAAUAAAAACGCUGGUCCAACAGAAACAGUCAGCACUGUCACUUCAGCAAUCAGGACUAACUCAUGGAUGACUAGAAGAGAAGCUAGCUGUGAGGACUGGGCUCUUGGGAUCAAGGUCUACUAGCCAAUAAGCAGCAGGUGAUGUCUCUGGGCAAAGGUCCCACAGCUCUUCCCUCCCCGCAGCCUCAGGAUUAGGCUGAGCUCCUCUGUUGCUGGUUUAACUUAAGGAUAUCUGAAGCUCUUGGGGAACACCUUUAUGAAAUGUAGCCAAAGCAGAAAAGCUUCCCUGUGGGCUGAGCCCCGUGAAAUCCCACACCACGUGGGCAAGGUGGCAAGGGCCCACCUGAGCCUGAUGCACAUCCGGUCCCACCUUGCUCUGCAGGGCUAGGUGUGCAGCCACCAGCUCCCUGGCACCUGUUGGUCGUGCUGAGACUCCUCAGUCCUGCUUCCUUCGUGGUCAGUAGGGAACCAGUUCUCAGGCACCUGACAUUUCAAGUCGGCCUCCCACCACCUCCCACCCUGGCCUGGGGAGACAGCUCUAGGUACGUGCUGAGCCACUCUCCUCCCCCAGCCACUCCUGCUUCCCACUAUUCUAUCAGGGAGCUAUGAUCCCCUUUCCAUAAAAGUUAUGCACAAAUGUGAACACCUGAGGCAGGCUGGACAGCUCUUCAUUUUGUUCUUUUCCAGAAGUCAAUAAUAACUCAUAUCAAAUACCUUAAGUACUAGCACCCAAGACAAAUAAGGAAAAGUUUUAAAUAUUUUAUUUUCUAAAACAGUGUAAUUACUUGCAACUAGAGGAAAGGGGCUGGUAAGUUGUUUUGGCCACAGAACAGAAAGCAAAAAUAAACCUCGUAAAGGAAGUACUGCACUCAAACAAUAUCACUUCCUAGAGCCAAACAAGAAAUGACUGAAGUGCCAUUAAAUGAAUUGUGACCAUCGCACCGCCCAGCCCCUAGGUGGCGCACGUGCUGGGGAAGGCCCACACUUCACUUACUUUCAAAGGACACCUGGCUUUGCUGUAGGUGUUUUGGAAAAGCAGCACAGUGUGUUCUGUCCAGUGGGAUACUACCCCCUGUCCUUUCUGCCACCCCCACAUUUGAGGUUCCUAGUCAGAACGUGUUAUUGCACAUGUCCACCGGGCUCACUCUGGAGGUGCUCACUCAUAGCACAAGCCUAAAUCGAGUUCUGAACUGUGUCAUUUAAAGCUAAAUGUCUGCAUGAUGUCACAUCCAUUGUACCUUUGGGGAAAAUUUGUAUGUAAAUGUACAGAAAUAAAAAUGUUGCCCCAUUAACAAAUUUCCUCUGGAAUGUCUUCCCUACCUCAUCUGAUGGUAUCCAAU